CAACUCCUUCCUCCUGCUCCCAGGAAGAUCCCUAUUAUCGGUCACCUUCACCAUCUAAUCCUUGGGAACUCGCCGCCGCAUCUCGCCCUCCACCGCCUUUCCGAGCAAUUCCGCGGCGGAGGCGGAGGUCUCAUGUUCCUCCAGCUCGGCUCAGUACCGACGCUGGUGGUUUCCACCGCGGACGCAGCCCGGGCGAUCUUCAGAGACCACGACAUCGUCUUCUCCGGCCGUCCUCCGCUCUACGCCGGAAGAAAAAUCAGCUACAAUUGCGCCGACGUGACGUUCUCCAGUUACGGCGAGUACUGGCUGGAGGUCCGGAAGGUUCUAGUCCUCGAAUUGCUGAGCGCGAAGAGGGCGCUAGGGUUUGCGGCGGUCAGAGAAGCGGAGGUCGGCCGCAUGAUCGAUCGGAUCGCGCUUUCCUGUUCCCCGACGACAUCGAUCGACUUUAGCGAGGCGGCAAUGUCACUGGCAAACGGCGUCGUCUGUCGGGCGGCGUUUGGGAAGAGACGCGACGGGGGAGAGGUGAAAUUUCAGGAAAUUUUACAGGAGACGCAGAAUUUGCUGGGGGAGCCUAAUUUGGCGGAUUUCUUCCCGAAAUUGGGCGGGUGGAUGAACAAGGUUAACGGAUUUGAUUCAAGGCUGGAGAAGAAUUGCAGGGAUCUGGACAGGUUCUUGAACAAAGUGAUGGAGGAGCACCUUGAUGAGCUCGAUACAAGGCCUGAUGAUGAUGAUGAUGAUGAUAUUGUUCACUCACUGCUUCGGAUUCAGAGGAGUCAAAAUGGAAGUUCCGUUCCUCUCACCACCGAAAACAUCAAGGCUGUUCUUUUGGAUGUAUUUGUAGCGGGUAGCGACACCUCUGCCUCCACAAUAGUGUGGACGAUGACAGAGCUCAUGAAAAACCCAAACACCAUGAGAAAAGCUCAGUCAGAAGUGAGGCAACUCCUCAAGGGAAAACAGAGAGUCAACGAGAGUGAUCUUCCCAAUCUGGACUACUUGAAAAUGGUGCUCAAAGAGUCCUUCAGACUCCACCCGCCGGCACCGUUACUCGUGCCCCGGGAAACCACCGACAAUUGCACGGUCUGCGGGUACGAUAUCCCGGCGAAGACGCGCGUCUUCAUCAAUGCCAUGUCCAUCGGGAGGGACCCGAGGACGUGGGAGAAUCCCUCCGAGUUUUGGCCGGAGAGGUUCGAGGACGGUGGCGUUGACUAUAGAGGCACGCAUUUCGAGUUGAUACCGUUCGGAGUGGGACGUAGGGGUUGUCCCGGCAUAAACUUCGCGGUGCCGCUGGUGGAGCUGGCGCUUGCGAAUCUUCUGUACCGGUUUGACUGGCACCUCCCGGCCGGAGUUGAGGAUGUUGAUAUGGAGGAGACCUUUGGGAUCACGGUGCAUAAGAAAACUCCCCUUUGCUUGCUAGCUUCCCUUUCCCCUUCGCACACACAUAACUAAUGCUCAUACCUUUAGUGUUCUUUGUUCAAAUUGUAUGUAAAUUAAGCUAAGGUUCUUUU